AUGGACGAACUGCCCUCGUACGAAGCUGCAACUUGUCCCAAUGCUUGGACACUCAUUGCGCCGUACCUGCCUUCCCAAGCACUAUGCUCUGCAACGCUGGUCUCCCGAGAAUGGAACAAGAUUUUUACACCGUGCCUCUGGGGAAGUCCAGCCUCUCAUUUUGGAGAACAGAAUGAUGUUGUUUUUGUGGCUCUGACGCGAUUCAAGCGUAUUCUGCCCAAUGCGCGCGCUUCUGUGUGUGAGCUCACGCACACGCUCUGUCUUCCCCCUGCCCAUGCCGAAAUAUAUUCUGGUCCGCAUUCAGAGUGGCUUCGAGACUGUCUGGAAUACCUCCCUUGUCUCCAAUGUUUGAUAGUCAAUGGCCUUCCAUUUUUUGACCAUGCGAGCCUUCUUAGCCUUCGCUAUCCAAGCCAACGACUAAGGCCUAAGUUUCCAGUAUUCAGUUUGAGACUGCUUGAUGCCUCAGGCUGUAUGAAUGCCACAUCAGCAGGGCUUGCAGAAGCUCUUCCGCAUUUCCCUGAUCUUGUAUCUUUGGAUUUGUCCAAAACUAGAGCCGCUAGAGGCAAGGCGGUACUAUCUGCUCUCAAGCAUCUUCUCAACUUACGUGUUAUCAAUCUCUGCGGUAUUGGCCUGAAAGAUGAAGAUUUCUCCAUAGUCGCACAUUCGAUCAGAAGUCGGGUCAGAAGUCUUGAUAUCAGCAACAACCUCUUGACAGAUACCAGUACACGACUUCUCCUUGAACUCUGCUUGAAAGAGAGAGUAAUUACUCCACAUACGCACCGGGGUCGUUUGGCACCUGUUGAGCAAGAGCAAGGGGAUAAUGAAAUGGAUGUAUUCGAGUCCGAGAACCUUGUAGGAAGUCUUCGUAAAAAGCUUACUGGAGGUUUCGUUGGCACAUUGCCAAUCGAGGAAGCACGAGAUGUUGGGAUAUCACAUCUCUACUUAUCAGCAAACAACAUCACCAUUGAAGGAAUUUCUUCUCUGUUACGAUCAGGGCGUCUUAAGGUUCUGGACGCAGGCAUACUACCUGUUACAAUCAGAAAUCCUUGUCCUGUCGACCCAGGUUCUGGAGAAGACGACAUGAAGUUGCCGAGUGUAGCCAAGUUGGUGCCCAUCCUGUCCAGAUUCGCACGCCACAAGUUGGGCUAUGUCAGACUCAACUAUCAAAUAGUGACGGAAGAUGCUCCCAUAGAGAGAGCUAAAUCGCCACGUGCAGAACUUUGUGGAGGACUUGGGGCUCAUGAGCGUCCAGAAGCUCAUGAGCUUGAAAAUACAGAGUUGUCAAUGCCUGAACUUGACUCAGAGUUCACCACUAUCCAGGAAAUCGCAGAUUCAUACCCAGUCGAAUUGCCUGGCUCUUUCCCCUCAGAUGGAUUGUCGAAUCAUGCGUCUUCAAGCACAGCCGCCAGUGAUCACAAGGUAGUGGCUGCACCAAACUUGUUCCCAUCAUGGAGUCCUUCGCGGCUUCCGCCCACACCUACCCCCGAUAUGCAAUUCCUGUCUGCACCUGUUCUUGAAACGAUAUGUCAAGAAAAUCCCCUUAUUCAGGUUGAAGAGAUGGAAGCUCGGCUAUCCUACCGCCAAUCACAAGAACCCCGUCUGCAUCCAGGAAUGCUACCCAAUCUGCACACUCUGGUUCUCACCAGUGUACCUAUCGCAGCUGAAAAGUACGUGGUAGACCGUGUCAUUCAGUUUAUCAAAGAUGCAGCAGAUGAGGCCUCUAUUGCUAGACAACGAGCCAGAAACACUUAUGCGCUCCCUCCAGGCCGCAGGCGUACCUUGGCUGAAGAGGAGUAUGCGCGCAGUUUAUUUGCCCUGCGACGGAUUGUCCUAGAGAUGGCUUCUCCGCAGCCGAUACCUAAGAAGAUAUCUACAAGCUGGCGCGCUUAUCCCACGAAGUCAACCACUGAGGAUGCUGAUUCAGAGGCCUUUUGGGAAGCUGCGUCGCACGACUUUUCAUUCUUCGGUGAUGAAGAGUGUGGACAGCCCAGUCAGCAACUGGUUCGUCAGCUGCCUUUAGAAGCCAUGAGCGGGCUAGAACUUGCUACUGAUCAUACUCACCCAGCUCCUGAGUCCAGGAAACCUGAAGUUAGCCCCAGAAGAUUGUUUGAUGUGAUAGGAGAGAUCGGUAAGUUUCGAAGAGAAAGGAAAACUGCCUAUGACGAGCUGCUAGCGACAGGUGAGGUUAAUCCCGAUGUCAAAGGUUACUGGCCUGGAGACAUCACUGUUGUGAGAACGCCACUGAAUGCGGAAGUUGGAGAAAUCGAUUGUUAUGGAAAUCGAUACGAGUCUGGGUGGUACUAUCGGUGA